AUGGAUAGUCCACCUAAACUGACUGGUGAGACGCUGAUUGUCCAUCACAUUCCCCUGGUGCAUUGCCAGGUCCCUGAUAGACAGCGCUGCUCCGUGAGCAAAAGGACCAACCCCUUCUGCCAGCCAGAACACAGCAUUACACGGACCUCUGCCCUUCCAGACAGAGACCUUUCACAAACUGAUUCCUUGGUGUACAGCAGCUUUCUUCAGAACUCUGAAACCUCAGCAGAGGCCUCAGACAACAAAGAAGGCAAAGUGAGGGAUUUCAUUGUCCCUAGUGUCAGUAAACGACACAACCCUUCAGAAGAACUCAGCAUCUUUGGGGAUGACUUGGGUCAAAAAUCUUUCCAUCUUCACAACUCACUUGUGGCUAGCAAACCUCCCUUUCAUCUGCACGAGCUGGCCUUGCCCCCUUUCCACCUCCACGACUCCAACCACAUCGUGAAAUCUUGGAACAUGACCAGCCGGUCCGGUGUGGUAGACGGGCAAGAGGACAAAAUCAGCAGUGACGACAUCCAGAAGAGGAACAACACGAACCGGUGCCACCAGGCCUCAGAACGCAUGGAACUGGAUGAAUGCAGCUGCCAUCGCGGCAGCUCCUCCAGCUUCUCCUUUGAUGGUGGUGAACAGGAGUGGAACCAGAACACAAGUGAAUCGCUGAGGAAUCAGGAUGCUCUGCACAGCCGGACGUGCAGCUGUUCCAGCUCAGAGCUCCAGCACUGUCGCUGCCACAGUUCAUCAAGUCAAUCUGAAGUGAUUGACCAACAGAUGGGCUACAUCAGUGACUCUUCCUGCAACAGCUCCGAUGGGGUGCUCGUGAACUUCAGUACUCUCUACAACAAAACAAAUGGCCAUUCUCGAUCUAACCUGAAUUCAGGCAACCUGUCCUGUGACUCUUCCUUCUGCAGCCACUCAGACACAGGAGCUUUUUACCUGGAUUUGCAUUCAUCACCCACAGAAUCCAAGAUGUCUUGUGAGUCACAUCACCCAGAGAGUUCGGGGAACGUGUGUGGGUGUCAACACCCCUCCUCACCUGUCCUUGAUGCUAACUGCAACUCCUACCACCUCCACUGUGAGCCUUGCACUUCGGAGAGCUCAGACCUCACUGCCUGCUUCCAGAGCCAAGCACGGCUCGUUGUGGCUACUCAGAAUUAUUACAAGUUAGUCACAUGUGACUUGUCUUCCCAGUCAUCCCCCAGCCCAGCAGGAUCUUCCAUAACUAGCUGCUCGGAAGACCAUACCAAAGGUAGCCCAGCCCAGCCCACUGAAUACUACCUGUUUAAAAGGCCUGACGUGAGACAAGAAGGAAGAAAUGUGGAGUGCAGUGAAGAGGAGACAAAGGGAGAAGCCACACAGAACAUGAUUGAGGGUCAGGUGUACGUGAAUGUGUCACCGCCGAACCUCAACACAAGCCGACAGCGCUCCAGGAGCUAUGACCAGAACCUGGACAGGAGUCCUAGCAGCAGGCUGGGCUCCUUGGAGCGCAUGGUGAGCUGCCCGGUCAAGCUGAGUGAAAGUCCAGCAAUACCCAUCCAGAGUUCCCCUCCAAAGCGAGUGACAUCUUUUGCUGAACUGGCUAAAGGCAGGAAAAAGAACGGCACCUCCCCACCACUCCGGUCCAGUGCUGAUUCCUCCUUGGAGUUCUCCCCUAUCCCUGAGACACAGCAGGAUUGCCCAGCCUUCCUUGAAGAAAGAGCCCGCCGCAGCCAGAGUCUUCCACCCAUGCCCUUCAUCCACGGCCUGAACCGGAGCUGUGAGGGCUUCUGUUUAAAUCAUGCUUUUGGGGACAGCCAGGCUUUGUGUUCCACCAAAGACUCGACCUCCAAUGAGAAGGUCCCCAGUGGCCGUGGGGCAGGUGAGCAAGCCUCUGUCUCCCUGCUGACGGAGGCAGAUGCCAGCUUCUCAAGUGGCUCUGCCAGUGGCCACGGACAAAGAGAUAUUAGAGCCCGAGCAGACG